AUGUGGAAUCGAAAUGAAAACGUGGUGCUUUCACCGAUCAAUGAUGUUCCAGUAGUUCAACCAAAAAACAAAGUAUCUCGUCGCCUUUCAAUCAUUCGUGAAUUCAGUUUGAAUACAUCAACACAUGCUUUACCGGGUAUUGCUCGAAGUGAAAGUCUGCAUAAUCGUAUUUUUUGGUCGCUUUCAUUCAUUAGUUUUACUGGUUUAAUGAUCUAUUUUGUUGUCAAAGCGAUCUUGGCUUAUUUUGAUUAUCCGACAAGUAUGGAUACAAGUUUCAUUAGUGAAUGGCCGCAAGAAUUUCCAGCAUUUAGCUUUUGUAAUAUCUCACCACUUCGUCGGGAUCUAUUUUGGAAGCCUUUCCUAAACUACUCCAUCAUGAACAAUCGGACAAGUGCAAAUGACAUAGCAUGGGACUCACUUUCACUUUUAGAUCUUACAAAAUUUCUCAUAUAUACUUUGAAUAGAAACGAAACACUUGAUAAAUAUUUCUAUUCACUUUCAUCGAUGAUGUACAAAUGUUCAUUUAAUGAUAUGCCAUGUUCAGUAAAUGAUUUCGUUCCAUUUACAUCAUUCGUCUACGGUGCCUGUUAUACAUUUAAUGCAGCAUUGAAAAAUAAUGCCAGUCGAAAUACAGUUUAUGCCAAUGAACAUGGUGGUGAUGGAAAGCUCUCUAUAGGUCUUUACAUACAUAGUCAUCAAUAUGUGCCUUCUCUAAUGGAAGGGUUUGGUGCCGUGGCUAUAGUUCACGAUAAUACACAAUUGCCAAAUAUUGAAGCAGCUGGUAUUGAAUUAGCGUCAGGACGAAGACACAAACUGGGAUAUAGAAAGAAGACAACUUAUCUAUUAUCUUCACCCUAUACAACAUGCACUGAAAAAGUAUCUACAAUUAUGCAAGCCAUGUUUGAAUAUUACCAUAAUAUUAACUAUGGCUAUUCUGAAGCACUAUGUUAUCAACUUUGUGGACAGGUCUAUGCGUAUGAACAAUGUGGUUGUGUCAGUCCUGUCCUAUGGAAUGGUCGCAAACUCUAUGUCUCAAGCAUGAAUCGAGUAGUUUUUGCACCUCUUUGCGAAUUCGAUAAUAUGUGUUACAAAAACGCCAUCGGUAAACUUUUAACUUCGCCUUUUCUUAUGCAGGAUUAUUGUUCAGAAUGUUUACAAGAAUGUAUAAUAAAAAAUUUUAUUGUACAAACUUCGUCAUUAUCACUACCAGGCGAAUGGGAAAUGGAAAAAAUAAAGAAGUUUGUUGAAAAUUCUACGAUUCCAUUACCGACAAAUUGGUCUAGUACAUGGCAAGAUGAAAUUCGUAAAAAUUAUCUUACUAUCAAUGUUGUACGCGAAACAAGUGUUGUCGAAAAUAGUACACAAUCAGCGAGCAUGGGCGUAGUUGAUGUUUUUUCAAAUGUUGGCGGUCAAACUGGCCUAUGGAUUGGUAUCAGUCUUCUUUCAAUCAUGGAGCUAGUAGAAAUGCUCUAUAGAUUGAUUCGAAACGAAUUUCAUAAAAUUCGAAGAAAGAUACAAAUGAAUAGGCAAUAA